UUUCUUCUUCUCUUACUUUGAACUUGAAACACAGGGAUAAAUGGGAGAUCUAUUUUGUAUUAGAGAUAGAUUACCAUUGAGUUUGAGUCCUCUUAUUAUAUUUACUAUUGUUUUGGUAUUUUAUACGUAUCUUCAUCGAAAAGCCAAACAUAAUGCGUCCAACGAACAAUUCGCUAUAUCUGUAAAAUAUCGUAAAUGGAUUCAAUUAGUUUUAAUACCUAUUGAAUUGAUUGGAUGGUUGUAUCUUUAUAUUCAUGAGAAUGAUUAUUGUAAUGCAUACCCUAUUGCUUUUGCAUUUAUAUUUGCUGCCCUUUUUGUUAUCACGGCGGCAUCGCCCUCAGCUCUUCUCUUUAGUCAACGCCAUUAUAUCUUUUUUUUCUUCACCAUUUAUGCUUUGUUCUUUGUUCAUGCCAUUUAUAUUCUAUUCGAAUACUCUGGUGAUUCACUCUUGUAUCUUAUUUGGUCCAAUCUUGCCAUUACUCUAGUUUUGACUACUAUUCAUGGUACUACUUCUCUGCCAAUCAAUCCUAUCAACCUCGAAGCUUUGGACUCAGAAAAAGUCGAAAUCAAGAAUGGUCAAAUCUAUCGAAAUGAUUUAUUAUUAUGUCCAGAAGCUCAAGCAAGUAUCUUUUCUUGGGCCUGUUUCCAGUGGGUGAAUUCCUUGGUUGUAUUUGGCUACAAGAACCCUGUGAAACGCAACGAUAUCUAUGCUCUUACAUACAAUCAUCUUGCUAGGUUUACAUACAAGGAAUUUGUGGACACAAAGAAAUGGAUAGCAAGAAAGAAAGUCUUACGUCGUAUCUACAGUGCCAACAAAGGAUCCAUCUGGACUCAAUUUAUCUGCUCUAUUACUGCAGUGAUGGUCAGUUAUCUUAAUCCAUUCUUCCAACAGAAAUUUUUGGAAUACAUUGAAAAUCCCAAUGGAAGACCUAUCAAGACCGCCUAUGCAUUUAUUUUGGGUAUGUUUGUUGUUAGUUUGACAAAGUUACUCUUCAAUAGUAUUCAACUUUAUGCUGGUCGCCGCUGGAAUGUACGAACCAUUUGUAUGUUGGAUGCCGAAAUCUAUGAAAAAACGUUGAAACGCAAGGAUAUGUCAGGAAAAGUGGAUGAUGAGAAAGAUGGUUCUUCAGAAGAAUCUGUUAGUAGUACUGGAAAAAUCACAAAUUUGAUGAGUUUGGAUGCUGAUCGUGUUGGUGAUUUACCAGCAUAUAUCUUUAAUUUUUAUAAUGCUCCUGUGGAAUUGGUUAUUGCUAUCACUUAUCUUUAUCAUCUAUUAGGUGUGGCUGCCUUUGUGGGUUUGGGUGUCAUGAUCUUAUUCUUCCCUGUCACUUUGUUCCUUUUGAAACGUAUCGGAGACAAUUAUGAAGCUCUUACUCAUGCCAAGGAUCGACGAAAUGAAUUAGUGAAUGAAUUGUUACAAGGUAUCCGAAUGAUCAAGUACUUUGCUUGGGAACCCAAUUGGAAUAAACGUGUUCAUGAUGCUAGAAAAUCUGAAGUUAACAAGUUGAUUUGGGUGGUUAUUUAUGAUGUCCUUUUAAAUGUCGCUUUUCUUUCCAUUCCUGUUUUGGUCACAGCAAGUUCUUUUGUAUGGUAUACAAAAGUAUCUGGAAAUAAACUGACAGCAAGUGUGGUAUUUGUUAGUAUCACUUUAUUUGAUAUGCUUCGGGCCCCUAUUAUUUUGAUCCCUGAUUGUUUUACUACGUUGACAGAAUGUUAUAUCAGUUUGAAGCGUAUUGUAAACUAUCUGGAAGAACCUGAAGUUGGUGAUGGUGUGGACAAUCCUCCAAUGUUGGUACCUGAAGGCAAAAGUGUGGAACAAGUGAUUGCACGAAUUGGUUUUGAAAAAUCUGUUUUCAAAUGGCAUUCUGGAAAUCCUACCGAUAUCAAAGAACAAGAUAAAUCAUCUACGACAACACCAACUGAUUCUUCGACAGCGUCAUCAUCCAGUAAUAACGAUAACGAAGAAACAACGUUGGCCGAAAGUGUUGAACCUGUGACACGAUCCUUCUCUCUGAAUGUACCUGCUUUUGAUUUUCCAUUGGGUGAACUCAGUAUCGUAUGUGGUCCUACUGGAAGUGGCAAAUCCUCUUUCUUACAUGCUCUGCUUGGCGAAAUGGAUAUUGUAUCUGGAAGAGUCUUUUUACCUUCGAAAAAUAACGUUAUUACUGAUGAACCAUAUUCACUUGUAGAAGAAACUUCUGGAUUACGUGUGAAUGAAGUCGCUUAUGUUGCUCAACAACCCUAUCUUCAACAUGCUAGUAUCCGUGACAAUAUUUUAUUUGGUCAACCUUUUGAUCCUGUUCGAUACAAGAAAGUAUUACGACAAUGUGCUCUUAUCAAGGAUUUGAAUGUCUUUACUGAUGGUGAUCAGACUGAAAUUGGUGAAAAAGGAAUUUCUUUAAGUGGUGGUCAAAAACAAAGGGUAUCGCUCGCUCGGGCCGUUUAUUCUCACGCAAAGACCAUCCUUUUGGAUGAUUGUCUUAGUGCUGUCGAUUCCCAUACGGCUAAGCAUAUUUUCCGUCAUUGUAUCACUGGAGAUCUAUUGAAAGAUCGUACCAUCAUUCUUGUUACACAUCAUGUCCGUUUAUGUUUACCUGGCGCGCAUUACUUGGUCAAAUUGGAAAAUGGUUUUAUAUCUGGUUAUGGACUCGUGGAUGAUUUGAAGAAAACAGGCCAACUGGUUCAACUUCUUGGUGAAGAAGCAAUAAUCGAUCUGGAUGGGAAGUUGAUUGAUGAUGACAGUGGUGAUGGAUCUUUGAAUGAUGAAGAGGAAGAUUAUGAUAUCAACAAGGAAACGGCUAUAAACAAAUUGAUUGCUGAAGAAGAAUCUGCUAAAGGCCAUGUCAAAUAUGAUGUUUACAAGACUUAUCUUGCUGCAUGUGGUGGUUGGCCAUUCUGGUUACUGUUAAUCGCCUGUUAUAUUGUAUCCAGAUUCUUUACUUUUGCUGAAAAUUGGUGGUUACGAAUCUGGGCUGCUGCCUAUAGUACGCCUAUCAAGCAACAAAUAGUGGAAUCUGGGCAAACUGUUUUUGGUUUUACGACUUUCCAAACAUUACGAAAUGUGGUUCAAGAAAUCAAUGUAGAUUAUUAUAUUGGUAUCUAUCUUUUAUUGUGCUUGUCUUUUGUGAUAUUUGACACACUUAGAAGUGCUUUACUUUAUUGGGGAUCUAUUCGUGGUGCUCGUAUUUUGUUUGAUUCCAUGUUGGCUAGAAUUAUUCAUGCACCAAUGAGAUUUUUUGAUACCACUCCUAUUGGUCGUAUCCUGAAUCGAUUUGGAAAAGAUGUUACUACUGUUGACCUUCGUAUGGCUCGUUCUGCAAGUUUUUUAUUGGAAUGCGUUACUGGUCUUGUUCAGUCGAUUUUGGUCAUUAGUUUGAUUACUCCACAAUUCUUGAUCGUGGCUGUGCUAAUUAGUGGUGUAUACUUCCUUAUUGGGACCUAUUAUCUUCGUAUUUCUCGUGAAUUGAAAAGAUUAAACUCUGUCAGUCGAUCACCAAUCUAUUCUCAUUUUACCGAAUCCCUUGUUGGUGUUACAACAAUCAGAGCAUUUGGACAACAAAAAAAAUUCCUCCUCACCAUGUAUGACAAAUUGGAUACUUAUGUCGCCCCAUUUUAUCUUCUUUGGAUGACGAAUCGAUGGCUUUAUUGUCGUAUGGAAUUUACUGGUGCUUUUCUAACCUUAUCAGCUGGUGUCUUUAUUGUGUUGAACUUGGAUCGUGUUGAUGCUGGUAUGGCUGGUAUCUCUCUGUUUUACGCUUUUAGCUUUUUAGAAAAUGUUUAUUGGUUUAUUCGACAAUAUACUCAAGUGGAAAUGGAUCUCAAUAGUGUAGAACGAGUUCAAGAAUAUUUACAAAUUGAUCAAGAAGCACCAUCUGUCGUUGAAGGUCGUCGACCGCCUGCUGCGUGGCCUACCACUGCUGCUAUUGAAGUCAAAGAUCUCGAAAUUCGAUAUGCCCCUGAAUUGGAUACUGUUAUUCGUGGAAUUUCUUUUGAUGUCAAACCUCAUGAAAAAGUGGCUAUUGUUGGUCGAACAGCUUCUGGAAAAUCAACUUUGGCUCUUAGUUUCUUCCGAUUCUUAGAACCAAGUGCAGGAUCCAUUAUUAUGGAUGGUAUUGAUAUCAGUCAUAUUGGUUUACAAGAUUUACGAUCCAAGAUUACAAUUAUUCCUCAAGAAGCUGUAUUAUUUAGUGGGACAGUACGGAGCAAUCUUGAUCCAUUUGGAGAACAUGAUGAUGCUGAACUUUGGGAAUCCUUGGUACGAUCCAAUCUCAGUACUGGUAAUCAUGGCACCUCUAGUCCUAAGAAACAACAAGCUUCCUCUUCUUCUUCUCAGCAAGAUUUAGUAAUUGAUGAAUCAUCCGCUUCAAAUAAUGUGAUCUACAGUUUGGAUCAACAAGUAUCUGAUGGUGGAAACAACUUUAGUCAAGGUCAACGACAACUUCUAUGUCUCGCACGCGCAUUAUUGAAAAACAGCAAACUGAUCAUUAUGGAUGAAGCAACUGCCAGCGUGGAUUUUGAAACUGAUGCAAAAAUUCAACAUACUAUCCGUCAAGAAUUUAGUGAUUCGACUUUGAUUUGUAUAGCACAUCGUAUCCGAACCAUUAUCGAUUAUGAUAAAGUACUUGUUUUGGAUCAUGGUAAACUGGUGGAAAACGACUCACCUUAUGCUUUACUACAAAAUACAAACGGUGUAUUUAGAUCCAUGUGCGAAAAAUCUGGUGAAUUGGAUAUUUUAUUGGAAAUGGCUGAAAAGUCUCAAGGACGUGAUUUUUCUAGUUUAGUUAUGGAUGAUCAUUCUCUUGUUAAAUAAAAUAAAUAAAAGGUCAAUAGGUGGUAGUGCCCUUACUUCUAUCAUACACAA